AUGGAAAACGACUCAAAGACCAUCCUAAUUCCUAAUGAAUUAUGUAGAAGAGCCGGUAUAGCAGCCUCCUGGCGCCCCAUUAACGAAAUCUCAAUUUUCCCUUACGAAAAACGUUCCUACAAACAAAAGGACGGCCCUAGUAAUUUUGCUUCCGACCAACCUUCCUCAAUCUUCCAUGUGAGACAUGAAGUUAUUUUAUUCCAUCCUAUCUUAAGAAAACUGGUGAACGAGUCCAAUGCUAACUUCCUAGCUCUGCAAGAGUUUGUCGCUGAAAAACCUCCAGAUUCAAAGACUGAAAUUUUAAAAAUGAGCCGCCAAUAUCGCUCAAUUAUUAGAGCUUGUCUGUUAAACUUACAAGACGACAUUGCCAAAACCAACAUUACACCAAAAGAAAAACAAGAAUUAAAAGAUUACAUUACCAUAUUUUAUUCAAUUGAAUGUAUUUGGCAUUUGUGUGAAAUACUGUUCAUUGAUGUUAUACCAGGAAAUAUAGUUUUGCCUCCUUUACUUGACUGGGUCCGUUUCCACUUUCCCAAACCAGAAAGAAACGCAGCUACACUUUUAUCAGGAGACACUGACAACUUGGAUUUAGAAGAAAAUUAUUGGCCUACAGUUUUUGGAAAUUUCCUACAAGGAAGAAUGAAUGUUGUUAGGGCUUUGCUUCAACAACACUCUGCAGCUCAAACUGCUGUAUUUCAAUUGGCAUUAAAUGUUUUGAAAAACAUGCCAAUUCUUAAUAUUGUUCCAGUGAGCGAAUUUAGUUUGAGAUGGAGACACUGGACAGCAGAGAUUCAAAUUAAACUUGAUGCCAAGCAAUUUAUGAGUAAUCGCAAUUUGGAUUUAAUAAUGAGACUCAUUGUUGGAGAAGAAUCAGCUUGGGCAGAAAUGCAUCCCCAUUGCGAAACCUGGUACGAUUUCCUAGCAGGCUGGCUAUUCUACACCGAACCAACAGUAAAAACGUUCGAAUUGGGAAGAUUUGCCGAUCAAAGUAUAGACAGGAUGAGAGUGAAGCACCACCUGAAACAUUUGGACCGCGUUUUACUUGCCUUUAUGAAAUUUGAUCUGUUUGAGGUGAUUAAGGAAAUUCAAGAAAUCACCGAUAAUGGUUGGCUUGUUAGUCAUUUGACUGAUAUUUUAUUUCAUUCAGGUCGUUUGGCCAUGUUGGAAAAUGAAGUUCAAAAUUUUUCUUCAGAAGAUCUACGAGAAUCAUUUAUCUUGGACUAUGGUACAACUCUCAUGGGUCACAAAAGUCUCUGGCAAGUAGGUUUGAGUUAUUUGGACCACUGUCACAAAGAUGGUUUGCCAGCUAUUAAACUAUUAUUGCCCAGAGUUGCUUUUGAUUCAGAAGCUAAAGCCACAAAUAUUAUAAGUGAAGCUAAAAAUAGGGGUCUCAAUAAAGUGGCUCAAAGUAUAUCCAAAAUUCUAGCUAUGAGAUCGCUGAGCCAAGGCAGACUUGGCAACGCCUUAACUUGGGCAUCAAAAUCGCAAGAUCGACUUUUCAUUUCUCGUAUAGCUGACAAGUUUUUGCAAGAAUAUGUCGAUACUGGAGAGUGGCGUUGCAUCGAUAUGUUGGAUGAUUUUGGGUCUUCUAUGCUGGCCAGUGAAAGACUGAUAUUUUUGGGAAAAUUCAUUGAACUUCACAAAUUGUACCAAGCAAAAGAAUACAAAGAGUGUGGAGAACUGUAUAUGUCUUUAUUGAAUUCAAAAUUAGUUCCCCAAUAUUUUUGGUCAGUUCUAUUUGAUGAAGCAUUGACCCUAGCAGAAAAUGAGCAAUUGGUGUUUUCUUCCGAUCAAACAGAACAAAUUAUUUAUCGUUUGGAGGAAAAGCAAAAUAUCCCAGAGUUAGUGAGCAGUAAAGUGUACUUAUUGAGGCUUGCUUUAGCUAGGAACUUGAAGAGAGCUUUGAUGUAUGAAGCUCAAUUGUACUAA